GAGGGGGCGGGGGGACGGACCCCACGGUUACCAUCAAAGGAUAAGACUGUAAAACUUUAAAUAUGACGAAUUCAAAUUUAUAUUAAGUCUUUGUAUAAAAUCGAUUUUUAAAUGACUUACUUAAAAAAAUUUCAAGAAAAUGACAGAAGAUUUUUAUGGAAAUUAAUCAUUUUUACAAGGAAAUAGUCUGAGUAGUUCCGUGCAGUCGUCUUUAAUGUCUCAUCCUUUGUGGGCAACCCUGUUAAUGUUAAUGUUAAAUUACGUGUUAAUUUGUGGUUUGUUGUUAAAUUAAAUGAUGUUUAUAAUUUUCAGAUUGAAAUCUGCACUGUAGAAUGUCUCGGCACGAGGGCGUGUCCUGUGAUUCAUGUAUGAAAGGAAAUUUCCAAGGGCGGAGAUUCAAAUGCCUGGUCUGCUACGACUACGAUCUUUGCAGUAAUUGUUUCGAAGCUGGAGUUUCGACAACCCGGCAUACAGCAGCACACCCCAUGCAGUGUAUACUAACUAGAACUGAUAGUGAUUUAUACUUUGGAGGAGACUCCUCUCUCUCAUCAGAACAUCAGAAUUCAUUCACGUGCCCGUUCUGUUCCAAGAUGGGGUUCACAGAGAACACUCUUCAGGAACAUGUGUCUAGUCAGCAUCUUGAGACGAGUGCCGAGGUUGUCUGUCCAAUCUGCGCUUCAUUCCCAGGCGGAGAUCCAAACCAUCUUACAGAUGAUUUCCAGGGUCACUUGAACCUAGAGCAUAGAGGGGGGUCUAGGGAUCUAGAGAACCGAGCAGGAGCUCGGGAUCUUAUUUCAUUUCUAGACGAACCUGGUGGAAUACAACGUCAAGGAGCUGUCAGACGAAUUGCUCAUCCUCGUGGUGCGUUUACAUCUCACAGAACCCGGCGACACAAUAAUCCUCCAGCAUCUGCUUCACUAGGUUCCUCCAGUUUAUCAACGAUCUCCCCCUCCACAAGAGAAGCAGUUGAUCCUAUAGCAGAGCUUCUCUCACAGCUCAGUGGAGUCCGACGAGCUCAAGGGUCAACCUCAUCCUCUCUCCAACAGCUUCAAAUGGAGCUUCAACUACGUCAGCAGGCUCCUGGACACCGUCAGACCUUGGACCGGCUCGCCCGGCGCGCUCCUGGUGCGUCCAGCGCCGGCCCGGUACACCCAGCCGUCGGGCAGCCAAGUUCCGUUCAGGGUUCACAAGUCACAGCCGCCACAGGUCAGCCUCCCUACCAGAGUAAUCAAAAGGAUCGGAAAGGUGAAACCGGUUUUCUUCUCUCUACUCUGGAGAGUGGGGAGAGCGGAACACGAGACGGGACGGGAGAAAACGCCAAACAGAGAAUAUUCAUUCAGGAUCUUCUUCUUGCAGCCUUAAACCUAGAAGAACCGGAGCAGGAGGACGAGGAGUCUUGAUUCUUUUUAUUUUAACUUUUUUCAUAUCUUUGGCGGGUUUCAUCACAAUCUCCUUAUACGUAGUCAUCAUUUACAACCGUAUUCAUCCGAAGAUUUGAUUGUUAAACGUUUUAUCAACCUGAGUUUGCGUGGGAUUUCUUUAAGUGAAGUGACUAAUAUGGAGAAGUAACGAGCAUUGGUCCGGAGAGGGUUCUGGUUUCAAAUUUCGGGAGAUUGUAAUGAAACUUGUCGCAGGGUUGAACAAUAUGUGGAUGUGAUUAAGUCGUGGUUAUUGGUUUAAAAUAUCCCGAGCACGCUGAGCCAUUUUAAACUCGACGGUUUGUGCAGACUACAAGAAUUUCACGUGUAGCUUUCUUUGAUCAAGCUUACAAUCAACCUGGUGAAACUAAUGUCAUUGUUCAAUGUUUAUUCAGUCAUUUGAACUAAUAGUCAGGAGUUCUCAUCUUGGUUUAAUACUCCGCCCUCAGCACUUUACUCAGGCAAGAAUCAUAAUUGCAGAGGUUUUUAUUUGUCUUAAAGGGACUGUACGCUCAAUUUCAAUUGACCCUCAAUGAUAAGAUAGCAAUGCCUUAUUCACAGCGGAACCCUAAAAGCUUCCUCCGAUCUAGUUUGAAUAAGAUAUGCUUGUUUCUGUUUCUUUAAACUGUUUAUUUUCAUUUGUGGUUUCUCUGUAAAAGUAAAUUGCGAAUUUUUAAAAGAAAGAAUGGAGAAAUUCACAGAAAUGAACGCUUUUCGAAUCAUAAAAAUGACGUUAUCUUUCACAUUUUUGAUAAUAUUAAGGUUUCAAGGGUACCAAUGUAAAUCGAGCAUUGCUAUCUAUGCAUGAAGGAUCACUAAUAAUUACGCUUGCAAUCUCUUUAAUUUGAUAAAAUGGCGACAAGGUUAAUUUUUUCAGGAUUUUAUAUUAUUUAUAAAUGUAUUAGUUGGAGCCCAAAUUUUCUGCAAUAUUCUCAAUAUUCUCUACGUCAAAGUUCUACGUUAAAUAGAUGUAUUCAAUUUUUGUAUGAAAAUAUGUUUUUCGGGGAGAUAAUUCUAUUUCAAAACUUCUGGGUUCAAUGUUGGAAAUAAUUUUAUAGUAUUGAGUUUAAUAAACAUAAAUUGCUAAAGUGUAGGGUCGAUUUUAAAAGCUCUGGGUGGGGUAUUUAAGCCUGGAUCUGAACUCCUGGUUCUAUAUUCAACAAGUGAUUGAAACCUAACCUCCACAUAUCAAAGGUUCAAAUUUUCCUUUUUAAUGUUAAGAAAUCAAAAUUUGAUGGAAGUUCUGGCUUUAUAUGCAUUCACGUUAUCACAACUCGAGACUUUAUAUCGUAAUCUGUGUUCUGUGAAAAAUUGAUUAUAAUCUGUGAUCAUCUCGAGUGAAAACCCCCUCCCCCCCCCCUCCUAUACUCAACCUUCCCCCUCACCAACCCUACUCUAUUUAUUCUAUUAUCUGGCUUUGUAACCUUAACUCCCUUAUUUAAAGGUUUAUCAAAUUACAGUGAAAUAAACAUUUUAUAUAAAGUACAUUUUCCUGCUUUUUCGCCAUAUUCGUAAAUCCUGUAAAUGGAAUUUGAUUUAAAUCAUUUUAAAAGCGUUCAACGUAUUAUCUCUAGUUAAUUGUUAAAAUUCUAACACGUCUGUUAAUAAAUAUCAAGGUAUACAU